AUGAUGAUGAUAAUUUGUCAAAGCCAGACGAAAAAUAACUAGGAUGAUGAUUUCUUACCAGAAUAUUUAGUCAAAGACGCUCCAUCUUACAAAAGAAAUCCAGUUUCCAUUAACCUUCCUUGGCUAAUUAAUGGUGCUCCUAACAUUGAUCUGAAGACCAGAUUCAUGGGAGAACAGAUCCUCUCAAGACUUAAGGUUCAUAAAAAUGAGAUACUCGAACAUCUAUUCAAAAUAUUUAGAGCAGUUUUACUUUCAUCGCAGGAUAGAGACUUUGACUUUUUAGAAUAGUAUUGUGAGGAGGUAUUCUACACAAAACUUAGAAAUAUACUGAAUGAAGUGAUAUAGAGCAAUUUUGAGAUGAUAGUUGAAGAAGAUAUGUUUGCUGAUAGAGACAAGCCCAUCUAAGUUGAAGCCAAUAUCUACGAUCAUACUUUAAUCAAGAAAUUAUCAUCAAUUAGAAAGGAAAUAGCUCCGAAAGUGACUAUCUAAACUAUAAUGAUAUUGAAAAUAUGGACUAUAUCUCCUAAGUGCCAUAGUACAAUCAUACUUAGAUGUUUGCGAUAUAUCACUGACCCAAAAAACUUCGCUGACCCAAAGGUGAAUAAAGAGAUUCAUAAAGAUGCUCAUAGAGUUAUAUUCAGAGCUUAUGUUGAAUUCAAGACAGGCUACAAGAUUUAUCUGAAAGAUAAAUAUGGAAAGAAUCUAUUCGAGUACCCUUAGAAUUUAGAUUAUACCUGGCAGCAUGUUGGUGUCUUUGAGACUCUCAUGGAACCUCCUAUUAGAUUUAACAAAUGGUCACAAAGUGAGAAUGUAAUGGAAUGGAUUCAAAAACAUACAUUUGCCACCUGGAAAAUGGUUGAUCUUGAUAACUGGUUGGUAGGAAAUCCUUUGGUUAUACCCAAAUUCGAUGUUAAGCAAAAGAUGGUAACUCAAUAGCAAGCUCAAGGUCUUUGA